CUGUGUUUGGGAUGUUAGAUGACACAUCGGCUUAACAUGUUAUCAGUGUUACUUAUCCACACUGCUGUUAUUUUGGUAGUUUCCGCUCAACAAAACCUGACACCAUUUGGCAAUGCUUCUCAAAGUUCUUCAUAUAACAUGAAUGAUCCAAGUAGAGGCAAAGCAGAAAACGCUGUUAAUCCACCAAUAUCAAAUGAGUAUAGCCUAGAUAAGUGUUCCAGUACAAAAUUGUCACUCUAUGGUAUGAGAUCAGCAUGGUGGAUGUUCGAGUAUUCUUUCGAUACAGCAUACAUUACAGAUAUAACAAUAUACUACAGGGAAAACUGUAAGUAUGAUCAAGCGCAAUAUAAUACUAGUGCCACAGUUAUAUAA